AUUUAUUUUUAAAAUCCACAAAUUUAUCGAAACGAUCGUAAACUUUAUUGGAAAGUGUUAGCAAAAGUGCGUCUCCUCGGAGAUUUUUGAACGGUUCAAAAUUGCGUCAAUAACGGCGUCUUAUCUGAAGCUGGGGGAUUCCCCGAGUCCUUCCUACAGCGACUCCGACCGUCCCGAGGACGAGGAUGACUUCUACCUCCAGAGGCAGCGGUUGUUGAGUUACCGGGGGCUCCAGGAAAGGAUGGAGUACGGAUCUCCAUUCCAUCAGCGGCUUGCAGGGGCGUAUGGAGUCUCAGCGCCCGCGGAUUUGUCUAAAAGAAGUCCACCCAGAGAGGGCUCCAGGUCGUCUAAUGUUCCUUCGUCGUUGUUCACCAUAGAUAGUAUCCUCGCUCCGAGACCGGCCACGACGACUUCCUCAUCGUCGUCGACCUCUUGUCUGUCCCCGCUGCCCUCCAAGUUACCCGCCCCCACGUUACUGAGGCAUCCUCUGCACUUCGGACACCUUGCGGCGGUCGCGUCAGGGUUCACGCCAACCUCUUCGGAUUUCUUGGCCGUAUACCCCGGCCUCUAUCCCAACUACAUGUCCCAGGCCGCUGCCGCUGUGGCGAUGGCCGUCUCUCACCAGUCCGCACCGCCGCCCAAGAGGAAGCGACGACAUCGGACAAUCUUCACCGAGGAACAACUUGAGCAGCUGGAGGCGACCUUUGACAAGACUCACUACCCUGACGUCGUCCUGAGAGAGCAGCUUGCGCUCAAGGUCGACCUCAAGGAGGAGAGAGUGGAGGUGUGGUUCAAGAACCGGAGGGCCAAGUGGAGGAAACAGAAACGAGAAGAGCAGGAGAGACUUCGAAAACUCCAAGAGGACCGACCAUCGCCGUGUGCCGAGGACCCUCGCCUCAUGGGUACCUCCGUGGACCUUGGACUUCCUCAUAGCGACGACGAAUACCUGGAAGUCGCGUGAGGUCUCCAACCUAGGCCGUCAGCCUUUUCACCCGUUACCAGGAACAUCAGGGAUCUCCAGGACACCAGGGGG